ACAAUCGUUCUUCUUUCUCUAACACAGACAAACAGCUCCCAGACAAAGCCAGAAUCCUAAAGCACUUCAUAGCUCCCCGCUAGUUACUCAGACUAAACUCUAUCGUCACCAUCGACUUAAGGAAUAUAUCUGCUUAGCAUUUAUACUAUCUACGAAUACCCCCCACAUAUUCUACCAACUACUUCUACACUCUAUCAACAACCACAGCAAGAUGUCUUCCAACACCAACACCAUGGCCCAGCAGGUUCGCAACAGCCAGCCCCAGAUGUUCCUAUCUCUGGCUCCCACGACCUCUGCCUCGUACCCUACUGCUCAGAGCAUCAAGCCCGCCCUCCACGCCCGCCGCAGCUCCAGCCAGAGCAGCGUCGGAAGCGUGAACAGCCUGCGCUUCCUGAAGCUGGGUCCCGUCCACUACGGCGAGCACCCCGGCGAGCACAAGGAAGACUUCCACGAGGUCGCCGUCGAGUAAACGGGUCGCUCCCCCCCGGGAAACUUUUCUGUUCCAUCACCGUUUCGUUUUUCGCAAACUAGAGAAAAUUGGCACAUGGCGACAUCAUGGCUUAGCUUCACGACAUGAAAAUUUAUUACGAUCUACAUUAUAGCGUGCACACCCGAUGGAGGGAGGGUUCAUUAAGGAGGGUUGCGUCUGGUUCUGAUUUCUUCGUUCGUCUUCCGCGGGGCGUUUUGGGAUGGGAAUUUGCGAUGGGAUGGGACGGGUUUUGAAGAUUAACACGGGAUUGGAUAGAAUAUUGCCCAGAGUGCAUACUUGGUGUUACGAACCGUACGCACGCACACCUUGAUACCUUGAUGGGUGCGGAUCAUAAAAGGGCAGAUCCCUUGGCGGUUAUUUGCGGCAAAUUGAUGCCUUAUCUCUCUAUACUAGCAUCGUGUUAUGUAUGCAGUUGGCGCUUGAUAUAAAAAAAAAUACAGUAUUUUCCAAAAUCCUAAACAAA